AUGCUGCCUAAGAAAAGAAAACUUUUUGGGCGGCGCACGACUGCUGCCUCCGCUACAAGAGCAGCAAGGGCAAGUGAAACCACAGAGCAAACUUCGUUGCGCAUUUCUCUGAUGGCCUCACACUCUGUGGCUCGCAUCCCCAUGGAAAGUACCGCUGAAAGAACUGAAAGGCUGGCAUCAGUAGCAUCAGUUAUGUCAUCACGAUGCGCUAGACUUUCAACUGAAGAGCGUUUAGUACAGAAUUCACAGGAUGCAAUGCGCGUUUCUAGGGCCAGGGCUUCCGAGUCCCCAACACAGAUAAUCCUUCGGCGUUUAAGGAAUGCCAGCACUACAGCAUCUUCUAGAGCUUUAGGAAGCCCUGAACAAACCACUUCGCGUCGCCUUAAGAAUGCUAGGGCUACAGCAUCUUCCAGGGUUUCGGAACAACCUCAACAAACCAUUAUUCGUCGUUUAAGAAAUGCCAGCGCUACUGCGUCUGCCAGAACUUUAGAAAGUCCUGUGCAGACCGCAAAUCGUCGUUUGAGAAAUUCCAGACCUACUGCGUCUGCCAGAGCUUCAGAAAGCCCUUGGACACGGAGAGCACGGGUCAACAACAAUGGCCAAAUCGCAAGGACAAACGUCCAACGUCGCGGGUCUGCAUUUAGUUCAUGUUUCAAUGCGAUCUAUCUAUCUAUCUAUCUAUCUAUCUAUCGAUCUCAAUUUAAUUAUGUCACGUGUCCAGUAUCUAUCUAUCUAUCUAUCUAUCUAUAUGAGUCUGUUCAUAUCUAUCUAUCUAUCUAUCUAAAUCUAUCUAUCUAUCUAUCUAUCUAUCUAUCUAUCUAUCUAUCUAUCUGGACCAAUAACCGUUAUAUUAUCUACAGAACCCAGCGUAGCGAGGAAUUGGCGGAAAAGUGUUACACGAAUGAUCGCGGCCCAUUCAAAAUGGAAAAUGCCUCGAGAAGGGAAGAAAUGUCGCCGACUUUUCCGUUGUGCGAAUGUCAAGUGAGAAAAACGAUAAUUUUUGUGAGUGAUCACCUGUGCAUAUCUAUCUAUCUAUCUAUCUAUCUAUCUAUCUAUCUAUCUGUGUUCAUUAUCUAUAUUUUCGACAGCAACACUUUAUUCCUAUCUAUCUAUCUAAAUCUGUUCGUAUCUAUCUAUCUAAAUCUGUUCAUAUCUAUCUAUCUAUCUAUCUAA